AUGUCCUGGUAUUCGGUGAUCUACGUGUACGUGAGAAAUGUGCGAGAAAAACGGCCGCUCUUGGGUCUUGUACUGCAUUUACUGCUCAACAGUCUGCUCAUUAUUCAGCUGGUCCUCUUCUGGUAUUGGUAAGUAAAAAUAAUAAUUUUUUCUAGUUUUUCAGAAUCGUGUUGUUGCGUAUUUUACCAUAUUUUGUGAGGGCUUUACUGUUUAUUGCAGAAUGCCAAGGACGCAGACUUUCGUUUUGGAAAUAAUUUUUUUAAAAUUUUCUGUUGUUUUAUGGAUAAAUUGCCGUAUUUUACAUUUUUGAAAAAUAUUUCUUGAAAAAAAAUCAAAAUUUUUAUUUUUCACCUCAAACUCCAAAAAAUAUCAAAAAGUCUCGUUUUGACUUCUUUUUACCCGAUAUUAUUCCAGUGCCUACGUCUAUGGUUUUGUACUAUGCGGGAAGAUGUUGCGGAGUGGAGUCCAGGUCUCCUUCUACCUCUUUAUUUGGUGUUCUCUGACCUUGAUGAUGAUGUGGUCUCUGAUUCAAACCCUUCGAACCCCCGUCUCUCAAGUGCCCGACAUCUACUUUGUGGACGAGGAAAUCGACAAACGCCUCAAGGAUUGCACCCCAAAUGCGAAUGGACGAUAUAUGCCGGACGUUUCGAAUGUGAAUCAAGUGGAGGAGCAGAUCAAAAUUUUGGUCAAAGUUGUGGAACAAAAAGGAUUAUUGCUGGUGGAAACGGAUCACUUUGGGAGGAUACGGUGAGUUGAAACCUUGCAUAGGGUCUGAGAUGUCUUUUUGCAUCCGUUGAAAGCAAGGUUUAGCGCGCAACGACCUUUACCAGCAUUUUUGCUCAAGGGGAGUCGAACCCGCGAUGUUCCGCGCACAAUACUCAACGCACUGCCACUCUGACAAAAAUUCGCGGUUCUUCCCUUUGCUUUGCCUCGUUGCUUCUUUAGCGCAGUGGUAGAGCGUUGAUCAUAGCGUGCCAAGACUCUCAGGUUCGAUUCCUCGAUGCGUUAAGUUGUUUUUUGAAUUAAUCUCCUUAUUUUUUUGGAAACUAGCGAUCACAUCGUACUUCAUGCUGAUCAGAGUGCACUGCAAAAUCACAAUAAGUUAAUUUUCUACCGGAUUUUGACGAAUAAUUAGUGUUUUGUCCAGUUCUAGUCAACAAAAAGUUCAAAUCAUAUAUAUUUUAAUUAGGAAAGACGAAAAUUGGCUUGUAUUUGUAAUAACUCACUGCAUGACAAAUAGUCAACAAGUUAGGAAAUAUUUUAAUUGAGUUGAGUCAAAAUUUUAUUAGACUUGUGACCAGGAAGGAAGUCAUAUGGAGUGUUCUGACUUGUGCAGGACAUUUAAUGCAGACUUGAUGGUUGCAAAAGACAGCCGAAGAGUCUUUGACCUACAGUGGCGGUCAAAAAAAACGGCCACCCCAAGAUGAUGCGCUCUAACGCAGAAGAGAGUGGUCGUAGGAAGAUAAAUAUGGUAUCAUUGUAAAGCUUAUGGAAUACUAAGACGUGUGACUAUACGCUUGUGGUACUGUAGUGCUGGCCUAGCACGUACUGGGGCAAUAUGUUCUUUUGGCCUGGUCAAAAAAAAUGGCCACCCAUAAUUAUUUUGCUUUAAACGCGGUGUAUGUUAGAAAUUGCCACCAUAUGGGACUGGACUAGGAUAGCUAUAUCAAUACACACCAAUUCCAGUAUUUUUUACUUUGUACAUAUGCCCUCAGGCAUCAGUCAAGGUUGAUGACCUUGUUCAUGGUUAAGGCCCGGCCAAAUUUUUUUUCGGGUUUGUGCCGUUGUUUUGAUAAUCCGAGGCAAUACUGCAGACGGUAUUGAUCGUAUUCGUGUGUAAGACUGCCCACUUUUGUUAAAAUUGUGCCCCUUCUGAUAAGAAAACUCAAAAAAUGGAAUUUUUUGACCUAAUUUUCUCCAAAAAUCCGUUUUGGAGGCCGCUAAACAAUGAAUUUAGAAUCUUAAACAGGUUUUAUUUGUACAAGAACAUCAUGGACAUUUGUUUUAACACGGCAACGGUUAAAGGAAACGACCGUCCGAAACGACAGAUACCGUUUUGUUACAGUUUUUGACUUCAUGAAGUAAUCAUGAACUUUGUCCGGUUCCGAAACCUCGUUGAAUAGAAAUUAGAAUAUAGUAUCGCAUUUGUGGCGUAGUUGAGAUACCACUUAAUCAGUUAAAAAUAAAUAUGAGCCCCUAAAGUGGAAAUUCGGGUUGCAGACCUUGACAAAGUUUAUGACUAUUUCCUGAAGUCGAAAACUGUAACAAAACGGUAUCUGUCGUUUCGGACGGUCGUUUCCUUUAACCGUUGCCGUGUUAAAACAAAUGUCCAUGAUGUUCUUGUACAAAUAAAACCUGUUUAAGAUUCUACAUUCAUUGUUUAGCGGCCUCCAAAACGGAUAUUUGGAGAAAAUUAGGUCAAAAAAUUCCAUUUUUUGAGUUUUCUUAUCAGAAGGGGCACAAUUUUAACAAAAGUGGGCAGUCUUACACACGAAUACGAUCAAUACCGUCUGCAGUAUUGCCUCGGAUUAUCAAAACAACGGCACAAACCCGAAAAAAAAUUUGGCCGGGCCUUAACCAUGAACAAGGUCAUCAACCUUGACUGAUGCCUGAGGGCAUAUGUACAAAGUAAAAAAUACUGGAAUUGGUGUGUAUUGAUAUAGCUAUCCUAGUCCAGUCCCAUAUGGUGGCAAUUUCUAACAUACACCGCGUUUAAAGCAAAAUAAUUAUGGGUGGCCAUUUUUUUUGACCAGGCCAAAAGAACAUAUUGCCCCAGUACGUGCUAGGCCAGCACUACAGUACCACAAGCGUAUAGUCACACGUCUUAGUAUUCCAUAAGCUUUACAAUGAUACCAUAUUUAUCUUCCUACGACCACUCUCUUCUGCGUUAGAGCGCAUCAUCUUGGGGUGGCCGUUUUUUUUUGACCGCCACUGUAUCUAAUUGGAUUUGAAUGGCAGUAGAAAGUUAGGCAUAUAACUUUGUUAUAUUACUUGCUGCUAUAAAAUUUGCGCAAAAAGCGGAUACUUAAUAUAAUGAAGUUAGAUUAUACCAAGUUUAAUAGACAUCGGUGUAAAUUGAGUUAAAAAAUUUUUGAAGACAUCUGCGUUGUAUUUGCAAAAGAGGAGAAAAUCUCAAAAAUUGAGAAAAACUGGUUUGAGAGGAAGACUUGACACGUAUUGGAAAAAAAGGAAAUUUUUGGCACUUUUGUUUUUCGCCGAGUGAAAGGACUUGAAAUAGAAGGUAAAAUACGAGCAUUUCAAUUUUCCGGUGCUAUUUUUUGCGUUAAAUUUGCAUAGGAAAACACUUGACUCAAAAAGCAAAAGCACGCGAAAAAAUUUUCAACUCAAUAAAAGCUAUAUAUCUCUUAAAAAUCAGUAUUUCCAGAUACUGUUAUCAAUGUUCGCUGAUCAAACCCGACCGCGCUCAUCAUUGUAGUUCAUGUGGAUUUUGUGUCAUAAAAUACGACCAUCAUUGUCCGUGGAUCAACAAGUGCGUUUCCUUUGGCAACUACAAGUUCUUUCUGCUCUAUCUGUUCUACGGAUGCUGUGUUGUAGCGUGGUAAGUCGGUUUAGGAAUCAUUUUUGCGAUUUUUUUUGGGUCCCACAACGAAAACUUGAGCACUUGGCAUUUUUGCAAACACCGAGAUUAGCAUUGGUUUUUGAUUUCAGGACACUGGUGACAAGCAUAGAAGGAGUCAUUCGGUACUUUGUGAACCAGGAUUGGUCAGGUGAAGCCGGUUAUUUCGCACAAAUCGUGAUAUCCUUGGUGAUGUGCGGAGUCUUUGGGUAUUAUCCUUUGGGCGAGUUGUUGAUAUAUCAUUUUGGGUUGGUAUCGUUGAAUGAGACGACUUGUGAACAAGCCAAGAUUCCAAUCAUACGGUAUGUUUUUUGGAUUUGGGGUAAACGCAGGGAAAAACUUGACCCUUGCGUCAAGUGUUACUUUUUGUUAGGACAUGGAGAAAUACGUCAGUUUUAGGCAUUAUACGACUUUUUUGUUGCUAUGGUAUAAUAAAGAGAUUUUUAAAAUUCCUAAAAUACGAAUUCAUGGGAUAUUUUGGAUAUUUUCUGCUGAGGGGAAGACUUGUCCCAACUUUGGGUCAUGUGUUCCUCUCGUAUCAAAAAUCAAAGUUUGAUAAUAAAAAUUGUGAUAGAGUAAAAUACGAGUAAAGUUAACAUUAUUCAAGUUUUUCAGCGGCGACUACCGAGCGGAUUACAAUUUCGGCCGCCCUUUCAAUUUUCGGGCCGUCUUCGGCUGGGGCCUUUGGCUCUUCCCCGUGGACACAGCAGUGAUCGACGGCCUCCAUUUCCCCGUCCACUACUCCCAGACCGCGCUGGCAGCGGACAAGAUAUGCGUGCGACCGGUGGACAAAUCAGACAAACUAGCAGACCAGGAAUAA